GCCCGGGGGCGGUGGCCCGGCGAGGGAGCGCGGCAGCGGCUCAAGGGCGGCCCGAGGCCUGAGGCCCAGCGCAGUGAUGUCUGAGCUCAGCGAUGAGGCCAGCGAGCCGGAACUCCUGAACCGCAGCUUAUCCAUGUGGCACGGGCUGGGGGCGCAGGUCAGCAAGGAGGAGCUGGACGUGCCCUUGGACCUUCACACAGCCGCGUCCAUCGGCCAGUAUGAAGUGGUGAAGGAAUGUGUGCAGCGGAGAGAGUUAGAUUUGAAUAAGAAGAAUGGUGGUGGCUGGACCCCGCUGAUGUAUGCCUCCUACAUUGGACACGAUACCAUCGUGCACCUGCUGCUCGAGGCAGGGGUGAGUGUGAAUGUGCCGACCCCGGAAGGGCAGACUCCACUGAUGCUGGCCUCCAGCUGUGGCAACGAGAGCAUCGCCUACUUUCUCCUCCAGCGUCACGGCCUGGAGGGCGCCUGCCCUGCGCAGAGGAGACGAGGCUGUAACACACGUUCUGUGUUCUCUUGAAGCAAGGUGCUGAACUAGAGAUGAAGGACAUUCAAGGCUGGACUGCCCUCUUCCACUGCACCAGUGCCGGGCACCAGCAGGUGGUCAAGUUCCUUUUGGACAAUGGAGCAAAUGCCAACGUGAGGGAGCCAAUAUAUGGAUUUACUCCUCUGAUGGAAGCAGCUGCUGCUGGUCAUGAAAUAAUCGUGCAGUAUUUUCUGAAUCACGGAGUCAAAGUGGACACGAGAGACCAUAGUGGAGCCACAGCCCGGAUGCUGGCCAAGCAGUAUGGACACAUGAAGAUCGUGGCCUUGAUGGACACUUACUCACCCUCUCUGCCCAAGAGCCUCUAUUGGAGCCCAGAAAAAUAUGAAGAUCUAAGUUCUUCGGAUGAAUCCUACCCUGUUCCUCAGAGACAGAGGCCCUGUAGGAAGAAGGGCCUCAGCAUCCACGAGGGUCCGCGUGCCUUGGCCAGGAUCACGGCCAUUGGACUUGGAGGCAAGACCCCACGGCCCAGCUGUGAGCAGGUGCCUCCACGGGGCUAUGUCACCUUCAACAGCAAUGAUGAGAACCCCCUGGAAGCGGAAGGCCUCUGCUAUCGGGACGUCACCUCCCCAAUCAAUGACCGGGACGUGGAGAGCAGCAGCAGCAGCAGCCGGGAAGAGCAAGAGCGUGCUUUCUGUGCCAGCCUCGGGGCCAUCCGGAGCAGCAGCAGCAGCGAGGGCCUGGCCAGAGCCCAGGGUCUCAGCAGCGAGGCCUCCGUGGAGAGCAAUGAGGACUCAGAUCAUGCACGUAAAAGCUCAGUUCGCAAACAAACUAAAAGUUAUGUGAAGACUAAGAAUCGUUGCGGCCAGUGGCUUCCCAGCACUGGGUCUUCCGGGGCAGUUUGCACCUCAGGAUCUGUCCCCCAAACUGAGAGGUUCCCCUAUUCUGGACCCCAGGACCUUGCUGCGCUGCUGGAGCAGAUCGGGUGUCUCAAGUACCUGCAGGUGUUUGAGGAGCAGGACGUGGACCUCCGCAUCUUUCUGACCCUCACUGAGAGCGACCUGAAGGAAAUCGGCAUCACGUUGUUUGGGCCCAAAAGGAAGAUGACCUCUGCCAUCGCCCGCUGGCACAGCAGCGCCCGCCCGCCCAGUGAUGCGCUAGAGCUGGCCUACGCCGACCGGCUGGAGGCCGAGAUGCAGGAGCUUGCCAUCCAGCUGCACAAGCGCUGUGACGAGGUGGAGGCCAUGCGGGGCCAGGUGUCCCAGGAGCAGGAGCUGCGGGCCGUGGUGGAGAGCUGCCUGCUAGAGCAGGACGGGGCCCGAAAGGACAUCCAGGCCCAGCUGCAGGAGACCUGGGCCCUGGCCCAAGAUGCCACCCUCAUCCUGGACCAGCUGCGAGCCUGUCAGUCUGAGCUGUCCGCCCGAGUGAGGCAGGACCAGUCCCCUGGUGCAGCUGCCCUGGGCCCAGCCUUCCCCCGGUCGGACUCCAAAGGCUGGCAAGCAUCCCUGCAGGCCAUGAGCCUGCCCGAGCUGUCGGGCACCCUGGAGGACCGUGUACAUGAGAUGGGGCGAGCGCUGUGCUCCGUGACCCAGAGCCUGGAGAAGCUGCAGGUGCUGAGCAGCAAGGAGAAGUGGCGGGAGCCCUAGCCCAAAGGGACGAAUCUGACGUUGGGUGACUGAUCCACCCUGAAGCUGUGUGUCAGGAAGUCGGGAGGGCCACGCGCAGGUGGCUGCAGCAAGCAGCACGGCCCAGAGGGGGCCAGAGGAUCAGGCCCCGGGAGCAGCCGGCAGACACAAGCAGGACAGGGACUGCGGCCCAUGCCAGGCAGCUUGGGCCAGCACUGAGGCAGGACGAGGGCCUGUCGCCCAGAACCUGGUGGUAAGGCCCAGAGCUUGUGGCCUGGCCUGGUCUAGGCCAGGCAGGGCCUUGUGGGGAGAGAGUGUCCCCAAUACAUGGGUGCAAGAGGCUUGACCUUAUGAGAACCGGGGCACCCAGAAAAUGUUAUCUGUUGGAAAAAUAAAAUUUAUGGUCAGCUGGUGAA